AUAAUCUUAAAAUAUUUUUUGGGAAGAUUGAACUGGUCAUUCUUUUGUUAAGAUUUGUUUAAUCUUUUGAGAUAGGAGACAUAACUGGUGGUGUUCCCUUUUGAACUGAGAUUAUCUCUCUCUGCAACACCACUCUCUUUCUCUGUGUUUCUUUCAAUUCUUUUUGGGUGUGAUCUAAAUCUCCUCUUCAGUUUCACCGUUACAAAAAAAAAAAACCCAUUAAAUUUCCAAAUUUUUUUUUCAUUUUUUUGUUGUAAAAAUUCAAGAUUGGGAAUAAAGACUACAAAUUGUCACUAAAAAUCCAAUCUUUGUGGGGUUUUGUUUGAGUCUCUUUUUGUUGUAUGCAAGUCAAAGUUUAUUGCUUCUUUUCUUGAGCCAUGUGAGGUGAGAGUUAAUCCAAGAGUGUGUGUCACCAUCUCCCAUCUGUUCUUCAAAUGGGUCUGGAUUAUUUCAUCUGAUUUUGGAUCUUUUUGUUAUAAAUUUGGGAUUUUGAUGAUACCCUUUUAGGGUUUGUGUUAGAAGAUGAAAUCUGUUGAUGAAAAAGGGGUGGAAUCUUGGCAUGUUGUGAAAUCAAAUAAGAAGAAGAAAAAUAAUAAUAAAUAUAAAAAAUGUGAUGAAAUUGGUUUAGAUGGAGAAGGGGAUAAGACUGCUACUGGAUGUUGGAGCAGGUGGAAGUUAAUUGGCAGUUGUGUUUCUUCAAGAUCUAAAGUUGAUACUUCAAUCAGUGGUAUCAGUACUCAAACUGAAAGUAAAUCGACGAACGAUACAAGCAAAGAUCAACCGGUAGUUCAAGUAACGUCAUCAACUACCACAAGUACAGGAGAAAGCAUUUCAUCCACUCAAAAAUUUGAAGAUGAAUUAAAAAUUUCUUCUCGCCUUCGGAAAUUUGCUUUUAAUGAUUUAAAAAUGGCAACACGUAACUUUAGACCCGAAAGUCUUCUCGGUGAAGGAGGGUUCGGUUGCGUAUUUAAAGGAUGGAUUGAAGAAAACGGGACUGCACCGGUUAAACCGGGCACCGGGCUCACAGUUGCCGUUAAAACCCUCAAUCAUGACGGGCUUCAAGGCCAUAAAGAGUGGCUGGCAGAAGUCAGUUAUUUAGGUGAUCUCCUCCAUCCAAAUUUGGUUAAAUUGAUUGGUUACUGCAUUGAAGAUGAUCAAAGGCUGCUAGCUUACGAGUUCAUGCCUCGUGGGAGCUUGGAAAAUCAUUUAUUUAGAAGAUCAUUACCUCUACCAUGGUCAAUCAGAAUGAAAAUCGCACUCGGGGCUGCAAAGGGACUGGCUUAUCUACACGAAGAAGCAAAAAGACCCGUGAUUUAUCGUGAUUUCAAAACCUCCAACAUUUUGUUAGACGCGGAAUAUAACGCAAAGCUUUCUGAUUUUGGUCUUGCUAAAGACGCCCCCGAGGGUGAUAAAACGCAUGUUUCCACUAGAGUCAUGGGAACAUACGGUUACGCAGCUCCGGAAUAUGUAAUGACAGGGCAUCUUACUGCAAAGAGUGACGUAUAUAGUUUCGGAGUCGUUUUACUUGAAAUGUUGACCGGUAGAAGGUCGAUGGACAAAAACCGUCCAAACGGUGAGCACAAUCUCGUAGAAUGGGCUCGACCACAUUUAGGAGAGAGGAGGCGGUUUUAUAAGCUAAUAGACCCACGUCUCGAGGGUCAUUUCUCUAUAAAGGGAGCCCAGAAAGCGGCCCAGCUAGCAGCCCGUUGCCUGAGCCGAGACUCAAAGGUCAGACCACUCAUGAGUGAAGUUGUUGAGUCAUUAAAGCCAUUGCCGGCCCUAAAGGACAUGGCUAGCUCAUCAAUUUACUUCCAGACGGUCCAAUCUGAACGGGUCGGGUCGAGCCCAAAUGGCCGAAACGGGGCCCGGUUUCAAAACGGGUCGCUUUCAAGAAACGGGUCACAGCAUCCUAGAAGCCUAUCGAUAUCAAGUAGCACACGUGCGUCGCCGUUUCAUCAGCAGUUGGUUCAAAACUCACCAAAGCCGAAUGAGAAGCGUUAAGAAUGGUGUUUUUGGUAUAUGAGAUUUAAUUUCUUAGUAUUGUUAUUAAUAUUUUUUUCUUUUUAAAAGAUAGUUCUAAUUGUCUAAAGCCGUAUAAGAGCAACAAAAAGAAAUGUGGAAUUUAUGUUGUGAUGAAUUUAGAGUGAUCAUGGCAGUGUAAUUUAUGAGGAGCUGUGAAGUUGAUUUAAAAA